GAAGUACUGCCCCUUUAACCAGCUCUCCUCCCCGUCAGUCCCACACGCGUACUGUUGCUCUCUUCCCCAUUUCGCUGCUUUGUUUUCAUUGUCGCUCUUCCGAUCAUGGCUGCUCAUUCUACCGAAGAGCCAUUCCCCUUCCACGGGCUGCUCCCCAAAAAAGAAACCGGCGCUGCCUCUUACCUCACCCGGUUCCCCGAGUAUGACGGCCGAGGGGUGCUCAUCGCCAUCCUCGACACCGGCGUGGAUCCCGGGGCCCCCGGCAUGCAGGUUACAACUGAGGGGAAGCCAAAGAUUGUUGACAUCAUUGAUACGACAGGCAGUGGUGACGUGAACAUGACCACUGUGGUGGAGCCUAAAGAUGGGACAAUCACCGGCCUCUCUGGCAGAACACUCAAGAUCCUUCCUGCUUGGGUCAAUCCAUCAGGGAAGUAUCGCAUUGGAGUUAAAAAUGGCUACGAGUUCUUCCCCAAGGCUCUGAAAGAAAGAGUACAGAAAGAGCGAAAGGAGAAGAUGUGGGAUCCGCCACACAGAGCAGCACUCGCUGAGGUUUGCCGCAAGACGGAAGAGUUUGACCUCGCUCAUCCAAACCCCUCACAGAUUGAGAAGUUGCAGAAAGAAGAGUUGCAGUGUCAGUCAGAGCUCCUGGCAUCGCUAGAAAAGAAGUACAGUGAUCCUGGGCCCGUAUAUGACUGUGUGCUUUGGCACGAUGGCGUCACAUGGAAGGCUGUAGUUGACACUUCAGAGUGCGGAGAGCUGUCCCAGUGCACUGUGCUGAGCUCAUACAGAGAGUCACAUGAGUAUGCCACGUUAGGAACUGUCGAGAUGCUUAACUAUUCUGUUAAUAUUUAUGAUGACGGCAACACGCUCUGCAUAGUCACCAGCGGAGGGGCUCACGGGACACAUGUGGCAAGCAUCGCAGCAGGCUACUUCCCAGAGGAGCCCGAACGUAAUGGUGUGGCCCCGGGUGCCCAAAUCCUGGCUCUGAAGAUUGGAGACACCCGCCUCAGCACCAUGGAAACAGGCACAGGGCUCAUCCGCGCGAUGAUUGAAGUAAUCAACUACAAGUGUGACCUGGUUAACUACAGUUAUGGGGAGGCCACACACUGGCCCAAUUCAGGGAGGAUUUGUGAGGUGAUCACUGAAGCUGUGCAGAAACACAACGUGAUCUUUGUGUCAAGCGCGGGAAAUAACGGCCCCUGCCUCACUACAGUCGGCUGCCCAGGAGGAACCACCAGCAGUGUUAUAGGAGUUGGCGCAUACGUGACGCCAGACAUGAUGGUGGCAGAAUACUCCCUGAGGGAGAAGCUGCCUCCGAACCAGUACACCUGGUCAUCGAGGGGUCCCAGUACCGACGGGGCCCUGGGGGUCAGCAUCAGCGCCCCUGGCGGUGCCAUUGCAUCCGUGCCCAACUGGACCCUUCGUGGUACCCAGCUGAUGAACGGCACAUCCAUGUCAUCACCUAACGCUUGUGGCGGCAUCGCACUAGUCCUCUCAGGAUUGAAACAGAACGGGAUCCAUCCCUCAGCUCCUGCUGUGAGAAGAGCGCUGGAAAACACUGCUCUGAAGGUUGAUGACAUCGAGGUGUUUGCACAGGGCCACGGAAUAAUCCAGGUGGAAAAGGCGUUAGACUACCUCACUCAGCACGCCUCUUUACCCACAAGCCACCUAGGCUUCUCGGUAAGUGUGGGAACACAGAGAGGCAUCUACCUCAGGGACCCAGCCCACGUUCUUGGACCCACUGAUCACGGAGUUGGAAUUGAGCCCAUCUUUCCAGAGAACACAGGAAACUCUGAGCGAAUCAACCUGCAGCUUCACUUGGCGCUCACGUGCGCUGCCCCGUGGGUCCAGUGCCCCUCCCACCUCGAGCUCAUGAACCAGUGUCGUCACAUUAACGUCCGCAUCGACCCCGUUGGACUGAGAGAGGGAGUCCACUACACAGAGGUGUGUGGGUAUGAUACAGCAGCUUCUACCUGUGGGCCACUAUUCAGAGUUCCAAUCACAGUUGUUAUCCCUGCCAAAGUAAUAGACAGUCGUAGUCAUGAGGUGUGUUUCACAGACGUCCACUUUAGACCGGGCCAGAUCAGACGCCACUUCAUUACUGUUCCUCAGGGAGCCUCCUGGGCAGAGGUCACACUGACGUCUCAUUCGGGAGACGUCUCGUCAAAGUUUGUUCUCCAUGCGGUGCACCUGGUCAAACAGAAAGCCUACAGAGCAAAUGAGUUCUACAAGUUCUCGUCACUAUUGGAGAGAGGCUCACUAACUGAGGCUUUCCCUGUUCUGUCAGGUAAAGUGGUAGAGUUCUGCAUUGCACGCUGGUGGGCGAGCCUGGGUGACGUCACGGUGGACUACACCAUCGCCUUCCACGGGCUCAACACGUCUCCGUCACCCCUGCACAUACAUGCCUCGGAGGGAGUGACGAGUUUCGAAGUGUUUUCACCACUGAGAUACGAGGAAGUGUCUCCAACUAUCACCCUCAAGUCGUGGGUUCAGCCUCUGAGGCCCUUAAGUUCAAAGAUAAAAGCGUUGGGGAUGAGGGAUGUUCUGCCUGAUAACAGACAACUCUAUGAGAUCGUGCUCACCUACAGCUUUCACCAGCCCAAGAGUGGAGAAGUUACACCCAGCUGCCCAAUGCUGUGUGAGCUGCUGUACGAGUCAGAGUUUGACAGUCAGCUCUGGAUGCUGUUUGACCAGAACAAGAGACUGCUGGGCUCUGGUGACGCCUAUCCACACCAGUAUUCUUUAAAGCUGGAAAAGGGAGACUACACUAUCCGGCUGCAGGUCCGCCACGAGCAGUCCAGUGAGCUGGAGCGACUUAAGGAUCUGCCGUUCGUGGUUUCUCACCGUCUCUCCACCACCCUCAGCCUGGAUGUCUACGAGACACAUCGCGCUGCCCUCAUGGCCAAGAAGAAGGUGAAUUCUGUCACCUUGUCCCCGGGUGCCACACAGCCUUUCUACGUCACAGGCCUGCCAGAUGACAAGAUCCCGAAGGGAACGAGUCCAGGAUGCUACCUUUCAGGCUCUCUCGUCGUGCCCAAGAGCGAGUAUGGCAAGAAAGCUGGGCAGGCCUCAGCAAAACGACAAGGGAAGUUUAAAAAGGAUGUCGUUCCCGUCUUCUACCACUUAAUUCCUGCUCCCAACAAAACAAAGAAUGGAGGAAAGGAGAAGGACAAGGAAGGAGAGAAGGAGAAGGACGUUAAGGACGAGUUUGCAGAAGCUAUGAGGGAUCUGAAGAUUCAGUGGAUGACCAAGUUAGAUUCCAGCGCUGUUUAUGACGAACUGAUGGAAAACUACGCCGACUACCUGGCACUGCAUGUGCAAAGGCUCCACCAGCUGGACUCGGAAAAGGAGCGUGUGAAACGCCUCAAGGAGGUGGUGUCAGCAGCAGACCUCGUCAUCUCCCGCAUCGACCAGACAGCCUUGGCUGUUUACCUCACCAUGAAGACGGACCCACGGCCGGACGCCGCUUCUAUCAAGAGCGACAUGGAGAAGCAGAAGUCGUCCCUGCUCGACGCUCUGUGCAGGAAGGGCUGCGCUCUUGCCGACCAGCUCCUCCUGCCCCCCGCGUCGCAGGAUGGCGCCGGGGCUGUCGCCACGGGGCAGACGGUAGCUGAAGAGCCUGCAGAGGAGGCGGCCAGCAGCUCUGAUGACAUCCUGCAGAACAUUUCCAAAGCCCUGAUGGAUACAUUCUGGGAGGUGCAGAAGUGGGCGGAGCUAACUGAGUCCAAGGUGUUGAUGUUUUCAUAUAAACACGCUCUGGUGAACAAGAUGUACGGGCGGGCUUUAAAAUACGCCUCAAAGAUGGUGGAGGAGAAGCCCAGCAAGGAAAACAUGAAGAACUCCAUCCAGCUCAUGUGUCACCUCGGAUGGACACACUGCGCUGCUUUCAGCGAGAACUGGCUCCCCGUCAUGUACCCCGCCGACUACACGCUGUUCUAGGCAACGGCGCGCACACACCUGCAUGCACGCUCGGGCAGCACAGCCACCCACGGUCCCAUCACAUGACAACUACAAUAUCAUGUCCCUCAGGGUCACAUGGUCUAUGCAUCCAACCAACCAGCUGCCUCCUCAGAUUUUUUUUUUUUUUUUUUUUUUAAUGUAAUUGUUGAUGAACACCAAAUAAAUGAUGACGGCGAGCGUAAGUGGAGGGAUCAUGCUCAUCCUGAAGUUACCUUUAAACAUGUUGUCGAGCAGCCUCGGCUGUUCAGCAAGAAAAACAACCAAUAAAUGAGUUUUUAAGAGCUCUGAACUCUCUCGAGGGUGGGCUUGAUCCUGCAGCUCAGUCGUCGUCCUUUAUUUUGCUGUCAUCCACAGAUUUUUGGAGGCGUUCACAUCCACCCCAUUCUCAGCUGUCUGGACUUCAUUUCACAUGAAAAACCUCAUUGUCUGGUGUAAAUACUGUAAAAAAAAAAACAAACAAAAGGGCCACGACCCGGUUUAUUAGCGAAGAAAACAAACUGACUACUCAAAGCUUGCUGUUAUACUUCAGAGAGAAGACGGAGGACUCGCUGCUGCACACGUGCAGACACGGCGCCUGAUCCUUGAGUUAAAAGGGAGUCACAGACAGAGCUCAAUCUCCCUUUUUUCUUUUCUUUUGAUUGUCCAGCCCGCCUGGGUUAAAGCUACCAUUUAUUCUUGUCUGUCUCAGAACACACAACAGUUUUGAGGUGCCUUUCUUCAUGUACCUUAACCUUUUCUGAUGGGAUGAAACACAGGUCGUAGGGGGAGGAUUUGACCACAGGAGGCGCUCAUCCGCUUUCACCCAUCAACCUUCAGUGGUGUCGACGGAUGCGUCGAAGCUCGUAUCAGCAGCGCGACGAGCCGCGUGCUCGCUGCGUCACCGCCGCCUUCGACAACCACCUAAAACAGACCUCACUAACGUCACGAUGCAGUCGCGGGCAGCGGUAGGAUGUUCGGAUCUGGUUUCAUCGUAAAACUUUCACACAGUGUUAAGACGAGUUUCUGUGCAGCAGUCACGGCGUUGCACAUGUACACAGUGUCAUAAAAUAAUGUACAUACACUCAUAACUUACAGUAUAUUAAGAUGCAAUAGGUAUAUAACACAAAAAUAUUCUAAUCGAUGUGUUUUGAGUAUAUGCAUGUCUUCUAGGAUGUAAGGAAGCAUAGUUUUGUGGAAGCGGAUUUUCAGUUUCUAUUUGAAUGAUUUUUAAUCGCUGACGGUAUCCUCUGAUGUUGUUUUCAUGUGUGCGUGUCUGUGAGUGAAUAUUAUUUGUGAGGGUGUUUUUGUGUACAUCGACAUUUCUCCCAGCGAGACUGUAACGAAAGCCAUUUAGAGGGGAGCUGAGCAUAAGUUUUGUUUUUUGCUUUUGAGGACUAACACAGUGCUUUUGUCCAAUUUAUCUAAUUUACACAGACCUUAAAUUACAGCUUCUGCAAGUUGUGAUGUUUUUUCUUUGAACUUAAUAGGUCUGGACAUUUGCCAUGUGCCACAUGUUUCUCUACUCAAAAUAAUCCAGGCGAGGUUGGUGCCUGAGUAGAGCUCAGAGUUUAUGAUACACAAUGCUCAUCUGCUGAAAAGUGCGUGUGUGAGAAGUGAGUGAGGUUUGCAGCUAAUGUACAUUUUAUUUUCCUCUCCUCCUUACCUUGGAAUGGGCGCGGCUCUGAGGCUUUGUGCAUGCUUUUUCUUCAUGUAGUGACGAUGUGAUGUUUAAAUGGUCGACGCUGCCGUGUGCAAGCAUAGGAAAACGGUGUAGAUGGAAAAAAUGCUUCUAAAAAUAGACAAACCUCACAACAUGCUUCUGAAAGCUGUUCAGCAAAAAUUCAAAGGGUUGUAUUUAAGGGUGUAUCUAACAUGGACAGAUCUUUUUUUUUUUUUCCCUUUUUUCUUUAAAUCCAUAAAACUUAAAGUAUGAUUUCUGUUUCAUCACUUUAACCAAAGAACGAUUUUCCACGUUAAGCUGUUUAAUCAUCGCUGCAUGUAUGAAGGCAUAAACCAUAUCGGAGAGGAAGAGGUGGUGGUGUCACGCCCCACGUGUGAAGAUGAACCCUCACCCUCCGGUGUGGAUUUUGUGACUGUUUAUGGUCUCAUCUUUCCCUGAUGUUGUUUUAAGACCUCUCUCAAGUGGAAGGUCCAUGCCUACGAAUGUAAAAGCAGCUGCUUUCGAACCUCUUGUCCUCAAGGGGAGCAGAAAAAUCUCUUCUGGGGGUGAAUCGGUGGUCACAAAUCAUGCUUCUGUUUUUAGCUUCUCAGCAGCAGUCUCAGGUUUCUCUGCUGGAAUCCAUUUUUCUUUUUUAAAUCUUCUCUUUUCUCCUUUUUCUGGAGUUUUGGAUUGUUUUUCAGACAGAUGUUGCGUUCAGGGCUCUGCUAUCAACAAUUACACGCUGCCAAUGACAGUUUCACUUUAAAAAUAAUUUUAAAAAGGCCUUAAUGUUCACCACAGGACUUUACCGUCCACUUCAUGGCACCAAACAGACGUCUCAUAUCCGUUGCUCUCACUCCGCUGGUGUCGAGAAAGACUUCAGAAAAGCUUCUUACGGUUGUGUUUAUAUUUAUAGUCAUAAAAUCUAGUAAAUGCCAAUAUUUUAUCAAAUGUUACGAGAUAAGGUUGUAUGCUCUUAGUAUUAUUUUAUACCUAUUCUUCCUUGAUGACAUGGGAAAGACCCCGAGCUACUGUCACUAUUUUGUGGUCACAUGGAAUAAGUCACAAUCAGAAAAAUGACACUGAAUAAAAAUAUUUGGAAGAA